UGAAUUUAUUUAUUAUAUAUUCCCAACAUUAAUUUGUUUCGGACGAAAAAUAUUAAAAUGUCUGCACAAGAAAUAACGGACUUCAAAAAACCAAGUUCCACGUUCGGAGUUCGUCACUUCCAAGCACUUCUUCUAUUCCUUGGCAUGAUCUUCAUCUUCCUCAUGAAGGUUGAUAUGAACAUCGCCAUCGUAGCCAUGACUGACUCUACCCAGAAUAACACAUUUGACUGGAGUCAUCAAAGGCAGAGCGUGAUCCUGUCUUCUUAUAAGUGGGGUUAUUUGGUGACCAAGAUCCCUGGUGGAGAGCUUUCCGCCCGGUUUGGUGGGAAGGUCGUUAUGGUUGCAUGUGGUGCCGUCAACUGUUUCACCAGCAUGCUUCUGCCAAUAGCCGGCGUUUAUGGUGGUUGGCAGGCUGUCUGUGCAUGCAGACUGAUCCAAGGACUGGCCCAAGGGUUGCUGCUGCCCACCAUACACACGCUGACGGGGAAGUGGGCCCCACCAGAUGAAAGAAGCCGGAUCAGCACUGCCAUGUAUGCUGGUGGACAGCUUGGCACUGCCCUGGAAUACCUAAUGGCAGGCUUUGUAGCAUCGUACUGGGGUUGGCAAGGAAUCUUCUACGUGAAUGGAUUGAUCUUAGCAAUCUGGACGGCAAUUUACAUCGUCAUGGGAUCUGCUUCGCCGCUGAACUCUAAAAGUAUAAGCGCAGAGGAGCGAAUAUACAUCGAACGGUCUUUGGGACAAGAUGACACAACCAAGGAACUGAAGACUCCAUGGCUAGCGAUGUUGACAUCAAUUCCAUUCCUGAUCCUGAUAGUGACACACGUUGGUAACAGUUGGGGCUAUUGGACCCUGCUGACGGAGCUACCAACUUACCUGACCAAGGUUUUAGGUUUCAAUAUUAAAGCGAACGGUAUAAUAUCAGCUCUUCCCUAUUUAGCUGCCUUCAUCAUGUGUUUCGUAUUUGGCUUCGUCUCAGAUUAUACGCUAGGAAAAAAAUAUAUAAGUGUCAAUGCGUGUCGCAAAAUUAAUAAUAGCAUAGGUUCUUUUGGACCGGCGCUGUUUCUAAUAUGGUUGUCAUAUGUGACGAGCGAAAUCACUCUAGCCGUCAUGCUGCUUAUUGUAUGCAUUGGGUUAAGUUCAGGAGUCUACGCCGGAUUCAACAUCGUACAUCUGGACAUGGCUCCGAACCAUGCUGGAACUAUGAUCGGUAUCAGUGGCUUCGUCUCCAACGUCGUGUCCACCUUCGCUCCUAUCGCUGCUGGCUUUAUGAUCAAAGAUGAAACUUUAUCUAGUGAAUGGCGGAAAGUAUUCUUCUUGGUUGCAGGGAUCCUAAUAGCCACUAAUUUCUUGUUCCUCGCCUGUGGAUCCACCAGGAAACAGAAAUGGAAUGAUUUGUCCAAAUAAUCUGACUC